AUGCCAUUUGCGCAACUCGUUCUCGGCAGCCCGGGCUCUGGAAAGAGUACCUACUGCGAUGGCAUGCACCAGUUUCUGGGCGCCAUCGGGCGAGCCUGUUCUGUCGUAAACCUCGAUCCCGCCAACGACCAUACAAACUACCCUGUGGCACUCGACAUUCGCAAUCUGAUAAAGCUUGAGGAAAUUAUGAAAGAUGACAAGUUGGGACCUAAUGGAGGCAUCUUGUAUGCCCUUGAAGAGUUGGAACAUAAUUUUGAGUGGUUGGAAGAAGGAUUGAAAGAGUUUAGUGAAGACUACAUUCUCUUCGAUUGUCCUGGACAAGUGGAACUAUAUACACACCACAACUCUCUGCGAAAUAUCUUCUACAAGCUCCAGAAGAUUGGGUUCAGGCUCGUCUGCGUCCACCUCUCAGAUUCCUUCUGUUUGACGCAACCUUCAUUAUACGUGUCGAACGUCCUCCUAUCCCUCCGAGCCAUGAUCCAGAUGGACAUGCCACAUAUAAACAUUCUCUCCAAGAUCGACAAAGUCUCUGAGUAUGACGAACUUCCCUUUAAUCUCGAAUACUAUACAGACGUGGACGACCUGACAUACCUGACGCCCCAUCUCGAGACCGAAUCGCCCGCUUUGCGGAAUAAAAAGUUUGGCAAGCUCAACGAGGCCGUUGCAAGCCUGAUCGAGAACUAUGGUCUGGUGCGUUACGAGGUUCUGGCUGUCGAAAACAAGAAGAGCAUGAUGCAUAUCCUCCGCGUUAUUGACCGCGCUGGUGGAUACAUCUUUGGUAGUGCCGAAGGUGCCAAUGAUACGGUCUGGUCGGUCGCCAUGAGAAGCGAGUCGUCCAUGUUAGAGGUACAAGAUAUUCAGGAGCGAUGGAUCGACCAGAAGGUGGAAUAUGAUGCGAUGGAGCAUGAGGCCGAGGAGGAACAGAGGCGCAUCCAGGAGGAACAAGCCAUGGAGAUGGAACAAAGCCAGCCUGCCCAAGGAUAG